GAACGACGCCUUCUGGAUUUUAGAGGCCUCCGCUGCCGCUUGUCAGGCGCGUUGGACAGACAAGAGCCCCGCUGUUGUGGAGAGAGAAGCGGCGCGGACCGUAGGAUUGGCUGCUAGAGCUGACGUGGGUGCCACCCUACCGUUCAUUUUUUAUCUACCCUUCGGGCCUUUUGCGGCUCCUAAACCGAAAUCUCCGCCAUUUCCUUCGGCCCUCCUCUCGUCCUCCUCCGCUCUUCGGAAGCGGUUCCCAGCUCCGGCGACCUCCGCCAGUGCUCGCGUGGUCCUUGUGCGCGCUUCUCGGGCUAGGGUUUCGGCAGGGAGGUUCUUGGUUCGGUGUUCGAGCUAGAGGAGGAAGAAUAAGCUUAGGGUUCUUUUGCGGUGAUAUUUGUGGUGCGAUCUCAUGGACGCGGCAGCCAAGGGAGAGAAAGGCAUCGAAGAUGCAGUGAAAAAUCUGAAGAUAGAGACAUCACCAACAGCCAGCACUAUCCAUAUGUCUGGCCCUAAAGAUGCAAGGCCUGCUGAUGCAACAUCUUGCAUCUCUUCAAAGGAUGCAACAAACAGCAUCAAAGACAGUGAGGUGGACCAGGAGACUCUGGUGGGUGAGCCGGGCAUGUAUUACUAUGGAUACUACUAUCCUGGAUUUAAUGGAUCGUUUGGAGAAUGGGAUGACCAAAGUUACUUUUUGGGAACUGAUGGCUUAGAAAUUCAGCCUCCUGCCGUUCAAGUAGAUGGAUCAUUUGUAUAUUAUCUGCCAGGCCUUCAACCUGGAUACACUUCUUAUAGUACAUUCUCACCUGGUGCCAUGAUUGGUUUUGAUGGACAGUACAACUUGGGCCAACCAUAUUACCCAGCUCCAAUGAUCCCUCAACCCCUCGUUUCUCCAAUGCCUUUUCCUCAACCAGUUGCUUAUGGACCUGAGCCUGUUCCUGUGUACCCAUGGGAUGCAUCUUUUCUUUUUCCAGAUGGGUCCCAGGGGAGCACAACUAAUGGAGAUUCAUCAAAUCUAUGUAGCAAACCUAAUUACUCUUCCCAGGGCAAUACAUUCGCAAAUUUAAAAGCUUCGCCAAGCCUAAAGUCUACCUCAGAAACAAAAGGAUCCUCACCAGCGUCAGAUGUGUCACUAACUCCUACAGUACGUAGUCAACCUCUGAAGCCUGUGAAUAAGGCAGCUGCUGCUGUUCUAUCCAAAGGUUAUCCUCCCAUAAACAAGUUUCCGCCAUAUAUUAACCAAGGGAAAGGUGGCCUGCUGUAUCCAACCAACUCCAUCAGUUUGAAAGAAAGUGGUAGAAGUUUGGUUGGCAGUGAGAAGCUGAAACCAAGAAACAAGCUUAAUGGCCUUGGCGAUUUUGACUUGCUAAAUGAACAGAAUCGUGGUCCAAGAACAAAUAGCUCCAAAAUUUCUUGGAACUCUGAGGUUGAAGCUGAUGGAUCUCUCUCUGUUGAGAAGCAUGAGAACAGCAGCGCUUCAAUAGCUGCUGUUGUAAAUAGAGAUGAAUAUAACCAUCCUGAUUUUCCUACAAAGUAUGAUCAUGCUUUGUUCUUUGUGAUAAAAUCAUACAGUGAAGAUGACAUUCACAAGAGUAUUAAGUACAAUGUGUGGGCAAGCACUCCAAAUGGAAACAAAAGGCUUGACAAUGCUUUUCAAGUUGCACAGGAGAAGAUGGCAGAAAAGGGCAUCAAGUGUCCUGUGUUUCUUUUCUUCUCUGUUAAUGCAAGUGGUCAGUUUUGUGGUGUAGCUGAAAUGAUUGGUCGAGUAGAUUUCAGCAAGAAUAUGGAUUUUUGGCAACAGGACAAGUGGAAUGGUUUUUUCCCAGUAAAGUGGCACAUAAUAAAGGAUGUUCCAAAUCCGCAAUUUCGUCAUAUAAUAUUGGAGAACAAUGAGAACAAGCCCGUUACUAAUAGCAGAGAUACACAAGAGGUGAAAUUUCCCCAAGGUACUGAGAUGUUGAACAUUUUUAAGAGCUAUUCCUCAAAGACUUCUAUAUUGGAUGACUUUGGUUUCUAUGAGAAUCGGCAGAAAGCAAUGCAGGAAAAAAGGAGCAAGCCGCCUACUCCAAAUUUGCCAAAAGCUGAUGACUUGGCCCAAUUUGCAACACAGGUUGAUCCAAAGUUUAAAGUUUCCAGUCCCCAGUUGGAGAUGUCUUCUGGCAAGACCAAGGAGGAGCAAGCAGUGGUGGCUGCGGCGAAGUAACGGCGGUGGAAGGAUGCCUGUGUGAAUUGGGUAAGACUGAGGCAUUAUGGUGGACAUCUGACGUGGAAAAAAUUGGAAAAAAAAAAAAAAAAAGCGCAGUGCUUCUGAAGAAAGGUAACUCCCCAUGAGCAAGUUUGCAAUGAUUGGGUAGAGAUGCGAUAGCUAUUCCCAGUAAAGCGGAAACCAAUGCCGUUGGCAAUGACAGAUCUCGUGCCAACACAUUCCAUAGAAUUCAUACUCUGCUUUUGUUCUCAUUGGAGGAAUGUCGUUCUUACUUUUCUGUUUCAUGUUUCUGGGGGGCGUUUAUUUUGGCUGUCGAGGAAGCUCCUAUGUUGGUGGGCGGGCGGGCGGUACUGCAGGUUGCUAGACUUGAUGAGCUUUCUGAGUUGGAAGCCCAAGGUCUAUGCGAAUGCAGUGUUGUUGUAAAAUGGAGAAGGAAAAAAAA